AUGGCAUUGCACAUGAAGCAAUAUUCAAAAACACAUCCUAUUCAUCAACCAUACCAAGUUUUAUUACAGAAACAAGAGCAAGCACACUCUUCCCAAGCUAUGCUAGAUUGGGCCAAUCCUGCCAUCUACAAUUCAGAGAUUGGUUCUACCACAGCAUUCCUUUUCACAAGAGAUAUUGAAGAAUCCUCGACAGCCAUGCCUGUCCAAGAACAACCUGCACUUGAAUCAAAUGGCAUGCGGCUGGCUGCUGCCAUCUCUGGUCCUCUCUGUGCUUUACUGCUCAUCAUUGGUGGAGUGCUGGCACUCUACUACAAAGGAUUCUUUGCUAUAGAAAACGAAGUGUCGAGCAGAAACAGGAGCAAUCGCACCAAUGUUCAUCAGCACCCACAUAAAAACAAGCCCACCAAGGACCAUAGUGUAAAGGAUCAGCAGCUAAACCACCAGCACCACUCUAACCAGCAUUCACUACCGCAGAGCGGUCGAAACCAUACCCGAUUGUCGCAUCGAAAAAUGCGAUCGAAGCGGUCAAUGCGGCAUGUUACUACUGAUGGGUCAGUGCGAGCAGAUGGAGUGGCAAGUAUAGGAGCAACAGCAGUAGGAGCAACCAUUGCGUCAGGAGGAUUACGACGGCAUCGAUCCAUAGCAGCAUUACAAUACCCAGAAGCAGUCAUCACCACUGUUGGCAGCAACAACACUCCUGUCAUCAAUGCAGCUAUCAGUAACAGUUGUACUCACAAUGGAUCGUCACCACAGCGUACUCCCACUCCAAUCCUAACCGGCACUUCAGCCAUGAUCAACUCGUUUUUAGCUCCUACUGGAUCCGUACGCAAAACACCCACCAUCACAGGACUCCCUAGACUUGGCCACCACAACCAGCAAGACGAUAAAGCCUCAAAACAGUCUCUAUCAGCACUGCAACUAUCUCAGCAGCCCAUUACCUCGCAACCACUGCAGGGUCUACAUUUGUCUGCAUGUCCUUCUCUAACCGGAGGAACCACUGCUACCACUGCCAACGGAGGAUCUAUAUCAAGCGCAUCCAGGUUUUACUCACCCGCAUACAGUCAACAGCAGUUGCCCUAUUUGGGUGCACCAACUACCACUCUACGAGGUUCAUCUGCUACUCUCAACACUCUAGAAGACUAUUUGACACUUUGUCCUGAAGACGAUACGCCUCUUGCAAAAAGAGCUCAUACCUAUCCCAAUCCCACCACUGCCGUUACACCAGACAUUACAUGUGCAAAUAACCUCGCUCCUGGCCACACCACCAGUCCUGAUAGGAGCACCAGUAGACCGUUAUCCUCCAUUCCGUUGCAAUCCCAUUCUAUCCAUAUUUUCUCUGAUUCCAAUCCCUUGAUCAAUACUGCAUAUAAUAACUCUCGGAUCCUAACACCACCUGAAUCUAUGGCUCACAGUAUCAGCACUCACGAUCACAUCAUUCAUAUCCAUAGUGAUGUGCGCAACGAGCAAUCGACUGAUAUAGAAAAGACAAGUGCACCUGUUCAAAUACCCAUGACCGCCAAAACAGCUGAUACAACUUAUCAUAUUCGAUGGAAAAACUCCCAGAUUGCUACCAGCAGACUCGUAAAUAACAAUGACUCGUCUCAACAGAGGCAGUUGCAAGCCUUGUUGUUGAAGCUGAGUGAGGUUUCUGAUAGCGAGGGAUUAUGGACAGACGAGGAUGAUAGCGACGAUUUCGAUGAUGAAGAUUCAAGUGAUGACGAUAUGCGCGAGACUAUUGCCGAAUAUUCCGAAUGGCUUGAAUCCGUUCAUGGAGCACAGACAUCAUCCUUGUUAGAUCUGGAAGGUGCAUUUGGUUCAGAGGAUUGUAAAUCAGUGACUCAGUCCGAGUCCAAACUCGCUGUUCGAUUGUCCAAUCAGCCACGAUCUCGUCCACAUAGUCGGAAUGGCAGUAUUACGGAUGGAGCCAAUUCACAACGACAACAUCAAUCAUAUACGGCACAUCAAUCCUUUGAAGCUCGAUUGAAACAGCAACUUCACCUGCAGCAGUAUCAGCAUCAGCAGUUGAUCCUUUCACGUGUAGCAGAAAAUGUAUCUACUUCACCGAGAGGUAUGCAUGUAAUUGAUUCCAUUGAUACUUCCAAGAGUACAUGGAAGCUUGGUGGUUUAAAAUACAUCAGUCGUGAGGAAUCUAAGCGUCUUCAUGCUGAACGUCGUGCUGCGGCCCGCCGACGAUCUCACCGUGAGAGCCAUAGUAUGGUAUCUCGUGUAUCUUCGACUGCUCAAAGACGGCAUGACCAGAAACGACGAUCAUCUCGACGAUCAUCUCGACGAAGUAUGCUGUCUUCUGUGGGUAUAUCUGGUGAACAAUCCUUUGGUGUCAAUUCUUCUGAAUACGAGAGUUUCCAUGCAUGGUGA